AUGUAUGAAUGUCAAACAUUAAUAGAAAAAUAGCUGUAAUGUGAUUCGAUUAUGUAUUGGAUUCGAAAAUUAACGUUGAAAGUGAAGUUGCGAUUAUAUAUAAUCGAGUCCGACCUGUAUUUGAAUGAAAUUAUGCAUUAGCACUAUCAUUGCCUCGAGAUGUAGUUCUUGUGGCUUCAUCAAUGGAAACGCCACUCUCGAUCCACUAAGAUAGCGCGCGUCUACUUCGACAGCGAACGAAGACUGCCCUUUAUAUAAAAACGAUUUCUCAUUCGGAUGUACAUAGUCGUACGCUGGAAUUGGAACAAGUAGUAGUUUGUAGUGUUUUAUUUAAAAUGAAUUUGCCCGUACAGUUGAUGUUAGGAUUUAUCCUAGCCACCGGAUCGGUGUCGGCCCGCCGAAACCCAUUGAUUUAUGGACGAAAUUACAACGGUCGCUACCUUGUGCACAACCAGAAACGCCAACCGGACAGGCAUCACUGGCACCUCCACGUGCCGUUCAUUAUUUUCGAGGUUUACGAACCGUCAGGGUUGGAAGUGUCUAUGGUUCAACGCACACCGAACAUCACGUUUUUUGGUGUUGAAAUCUUCGUGAAUAAGGAACCCAAGAAUGGGUCAAAGUGUGAUAUCUGCCUGAACACCACGACUAUCAGGUAUGGAAAGUUCGUAGUGAAAGAUGUGAACGCCAAAAUAAAGAAAGGAGACAUUCUGAGCUAUCAUGUGGUGACGGGGAACAAUAUCAGUAGGACACGGCAUAACAUGCAAAGGCUAUGGGUAACUAAUUCAAUCAUCAAGAAGUGCGACUGUGACUUCGGACGAAAGGGACAACCAGCAACAAGUCCCCCGGUCAGUAAGGCUUCCUAUCCGUUACAAUCAACUACCGAAAAAGUCUAUAAAUAUAAUAUCUUCUCUGAUGAAGACAUUUCGCUUGAGUGUGAUUUUGUGGCUGUGAAUAGUUUGCCGAAACAGAAACAGGACGAAAGAAACGGGAAUAAAAUGCUGUACACGUUCAAUCAAUUACAUCGUGAAAUUCAAGUUCUGGAAGGAAUUAUCAACCUGCUCAAGGAUGGUUGUCCAUCGCGGAUGAACACUAAUUUCGUGCUGCUCAAAAAUGUGCUCCCAAAAGCUGCCAAGGAGGAAGAAAUGAUGGAACUCGUGAAAUCUUCGUUCUCAAUGAGCUCCGAGCUGGAAGAGUUGGAAGGAGGAAUCCGUCAUGUUAUGCUGGCGAAUGAGGUGACCGGGCCAGGUGUGGUGUUUGAGAUGGUGGAUUUUGUUGACAAACAAAAAGUGCUUUACUAUGCUAAAAUUAAUAACUUUGAACAAUUUGUGGACUACGAUAUUUUCAUCAAAAAAACUAGAAGGCUGCAAGUAUGAUGUAAUAAUUAGUGAUUAUGAAGCUUCACAAUGUUCUCAAUAAGGACUUAUUGUUAAUACAUGUAUUCUAUAUUGAUAAUUUGAGUGAAUUAAAUUUAUUCUAUAAUGUA